CUCCAUGGCGACCGCGUGGGCUUGGCAGCCUGCAUUGUUGGGCUGCCCCUCUCGGCGUCCGGGUGUGCCAGCGUGCUCGCGGAGCCGGGAGCUGCAGGUGACUGCAGACCAAGGAGGAUGAGCAGAGGUCCCCGGAGCACUGUUUCCUCCUGGCUGACAGAUGGAAGGAAGCAGGUCCUGCGAGGUUCCCCCGGGGACGGCUGAUCCAGAGAGCGACGCUGGUCAAGUUAGGAGCACGCCUGCUUCCCCCUCCAAAGAGGUUCACAAGGGUGUUAAGGGGGUCAUCUUGUCUUCCUCGUCGAUUUUAGACUUGAGUCAAAGUGGUCUUCACCAUUUAGGAGAGAUCUUUAAAAUUCCCAACCUUAAACAAUUGCAUCUUCAAAGAAAUGCCCUCUGUGAGAUUCCUAAAGAUUUCUUCCAGUUACUGCCAAACCUUACUUGGUUGGACCUCCGCUAUAACAGAAUCAGAGCGCUUCCUUCUGGGAUUGGGUCUCACAAGCAUUUGAAAACUUUGCUUUUAGAAAGAAAUCCUAUCAAAAUGUUGCCUGUGGAGCUGGGGAACGUGAUCUCACUGAAAGCGCUGAACCUGAGACACUGCCCUCUGGAGUUCCCCGCUCCACUCGUGGUGCAGAAGGGACUGGGCGCUAUCCUGGCCUUCCUGCAGAUCUAUGCUGCCCAGCACUCUGCCCCCCAAGAUUUAACUUCUCAAGGUUUGUGGGACAAUUACUACAACAAACUGCAUUAAAACUGAAGUUAGUGAUUUUCAAAGCCAGGACCGGGAGGCUGUCUCCUCCUUAAUGAUGUCACAAGGCCUCGCGUGUCCUCUGCUGGACUCACACCGUGUUCAUGUGUCUUUGCCGACCUGUCAGAGCUAUGCCCUUACUUGGUUCUGUGCUCAUGGGUUUGCAUUCUCAGUUCCCAUUAUAGAGCCUGUCUAAGGUGGAUUUUGGUAAAAAUUCACUGGGUUAAAUCAAAUGAAACCGUUCUCACCCUCACCACCAAGCUACCAUCAGGCACCUGUUUCAGGAAUUACCUGGUCCUUCAGACCACUACUUAACAGCAAGCACAACAGAACGCCCUUACUCCUGUUUUGGUGGGUGCUCAUUAAACACUUGAUCCCAUGUUUUCAACGCACGGACCAUCCAGCCGUGCAUUCCCACAUGCUCAUGAGUGAGCACCUAGUCACACUUAGGCAAAGUGGAGAUAAAAGAGAAUUGUAAUUGAAUGCUCACAAAAAAGUAAGUAUUCCAAAAAUUUACUUCAGAA